AUGCAGAGAGACGAUACGGAAUCAACUUCUGAGUCGUUGCCUGCCUACGAUACCCUCACAAAAUGCUUUACGUUUUCUGGCAUUGACCAGCAUGAGUGGUGGACAAAGACGGCCCCUACGCUAGGCAAACUACUUCGCGAUGCCAAAUACGAUCCGUGCCAGCAAUUGCAAUACUUAUACCUGUUUGGUAUGCACAUUAUUCCGAUGCUGGGACCAUUCCCCAACGCCAGGCCGGGUCUCUAUCGGAGCAUCCUUGGUGGCCUCGGAUGUCUUGAGUUCAACCAGAACUUCACUCAACUGCUGAGAACAGUCCGGAUUGCCUUUGAACCAACCACAUUGAGUCGCCUGAAAUGCCUGAGUCCGCAUUUAAUAACUGAAUCUGUCCUCGCCCUUGACCUGAAAGGAGUGCGAAAGGUCGACCAUGAUGGCGUCUUUGGGGACUUAUUGUCCCUGAUUGAACAUUUCCUGCGCUCAGCACCUUCAAGUCUUAGUGUCUUUUAUCUAUCUUGUGACCUCAGUGCUCCUCGCAACACCCGGUUCAAAAUAUAUAUCACCGAGUUUCAGGUUGGGUCUGAGCAAAUAUCCUACAUCUGGACACUUGGAGGGACACUUCAAGAUCCGGAAAUGCUAACUGGGCUGAGAAUGCUUGGAGAGCUGCUAGGAGAUCCACCACAUCUGCUCCCUCUCCUGUUUAAUUUUGAGAUCCUGCCACACAAGCCACUGCCCCAGGUCAAAAUCUAUGUUUCUCUCACAGGGAUCAAUGACAUGACCAUCACAGACAUAUGGGGAUGGGCUGAACACACCUAA